UGAGGAAUGGUCGGCCAUGGAUUAUUGCGAUAUCGAGUUGGAUGUUCAUUUUAAACUGCUGAAGACGGAAGUCACGCUUCUUUCACUUGAUCGAACAUGCGAUGUUCUACCUAAAGGAGUUCCUAACAUCAGUGUAGUCCUGGGUGAGAUCAGUGUGUACGCCCAUCCAUUUGUGAGUGAAGAUCAUCUAGGAGUUCGAGCAAAAGCAGAUAUCCAGUGCUUUCGCUUGAAAGCGUCCUACUUCUUGAGUAACGAUAUGGUGAAGUGUCCGUUUUUAUCUCUCGACUUUGUGCGAGUCUUUAUUUUUCCAGUUGAAACAAUGAUGCACAGUGAGGUACCAGCAGAGGUUGAAAUGGAGGCAGAGUGGGUGGAGGUAAAAUGGGCUCCAGAAGUCUUGCACGCCAUCGGAGGAGCGCUAGAAUUGGGGAUAUUUACAAUGGCGUCGUUCGUACAUGAGUCAAGAUAUCCAGCGCCAGAAAAGAAUGAAACCCCGCCUGGUGUCGGAUGGAAGGCGUCUUCUAGCUUAAGAGUGCCACCAAUGCGUCAGAUGAAAGAGGUUACACAUGAUAGCAUCUCUCCUGGUGAAGUGAUUGCUUUCCGGUGCGUUGCAAAGCGACUUUGUGCUAUCUUCCCGUACGUGUACUCUGGACAGCAUCGAGUGGAUUGCGUUGCAGUCGACACUUUCACUGUGAGCUCGGAAGUAACUACAGGAAGACUACGUAUUUCUAUUAUGGAUGCAAGAGCAUUUCCAAGUCAACGACCAUCUGAUGAAGUGCCUGUACCUUCGGAAAAGCAGAGCUCUUACGAGCAAACGCACUUUCGUCGAAAAACAUUUAUAUCUCGUGCACCACGAAGCCGCACCGUGUCAGCGAUAUCUGAGGCUGGUGUGGCUAGUGCACACAAUGGUACUUACUUUGUAGCUGAUUGCUUUUCGCUUGAAGAAAAUCAGGUCGUUGGGAGCUCAAAAACGAUAAUUGAUCUUUUCGUCAAUGGUGUUCAAUUGGAAUGGGAUAUAUCGACGCAGUUGCGGAUCAUGGAACUCGUCCGACGCAUUACGUUUUCAUCCUGGGAGAUGAUAUACCGUGCUCGAAGUGCCUACGCGCUUCACUGUACUCCACCUGAUAGCAUAUACAAUCAGUCUCAUGGUUUAAACCCGCCACUCGACGAUAUUAACGAAUGCCUGCGCUAUGAAAGUCUAUUUGCUGACCUGGUUAGUGCAUCUGGCGACAAAUUACAUCGACUACAUGCCACAAACAUCUCGGUUAAUGCCAGACUCUGCGAUGAAGUUGGCGUGCGGCUUUCAGUUGGCGUUUUUGCUGGUGACGAUUUGCCAGAAGUGUGGCUGUUUGAGGAUAUUUCGAUCAAGGUGAAUGCGUUCGAGAUGGUUACAGUGGGUUGCGUUCGGGUCAGACACACGGUAGACUGUCAGAAGGACUACGUGUUUGGUGAAUUCGAGGACAUGCUUCGCAAACGGCUUCUUGCCUGUAAACGCUCGACCACGGUACUUGAUCAGACAUUGGCGGAUGGAAUAUUGGUCGAGAUCAACAAACUGCAUCUUCAUACAAGUCGUGAUUUCCCGUUGCAGUCAUACGCCGGCGCAAUUCAGAGCCAUUUCAAUCCUUUCAACGAUCAGCUCAGUUCAGCAGCUUCUUCGUAUUGGAGACCACAGCAAGAAUUGUUUUAUCAGUUCUUUUUGCGAACCCCGGUUGCCUCCCACCAACCGGAACUAUGGCUAAGACUGGAAGCCGUUGGUUUUGAAUGUCUAGGCAACCCAUUAGAGAGCUGGCUGGAGCGAAUAUAUCCUGUGUGGAUCGAGGAGUUAGCUGAACAAGAGUUGCGAGCGCAGGUACUGGAUGAACAUGUUGCAACUCUCAAGUUAACAAAUGAAGACCUCCUUGGGGAUGCCUCGUACAAAGAUAUGAAGACGCGUUUGAGUGAACAGAAUGCACGGUUAUACAUCCAGAAAGUGAAGCUGGCGCAUGAAACGCUGGACGGUGACAGCGGGCCUCUCAUCAACGUAGGUGCUGGGCAUCUCGAAGUCGAUGUUUCGUUUGAAGAGGAUAUAGCAGAUUCAUGGUCCAGUAUUAAAAGCCUCGACGAGGCCACGGAAGUGCUUGAAAACGAGUUCAUGUCAGUAGGACGCGACUUGGCGCUGUUCACUCCGUCUUGUCGCUUAUUCAUGGGAAUCAAGAUGAAGACGGUUGUCAAGGAUUUGGCGGUGCGAGUGAGACGGUUUCCCACUCCAUUGAUGGCUUGCGAUGGCUUGAGUGUCGAAGGAACCGUGUUUUUGACAGCAUAUAAUAGUGGAUGUGGCAACACGGAUCUCAUGGCAGCUGUACGAUGCUUCGUAAACCUGUCCGUUGAAAUCACCUGUCCAGUAUUAUAUUUCAAUCCUGGCUACCUAUACGCGUUGGAUGAAUUAUCGGAGCUAGCUAUGGGAUUUCUACCUUUAGCAAUACCAGAAGUGGACCGACGUUUUCAAACAUCUUUAGUGGAUAUUGUGCGCAGGCUACUCCACGGUAAAAUUGGCGUCACGGUAAAUAAUGCAGGUGCCCGUCUCUUAUGCGUGGCAACGUCCUUCGAUUCAGCAGAUUAUUUGGAGAUUAACGUUCAUCGAGCUCGUUUAUCGUAUUCCUGUGGCUCGAUCGACGUUGAAGUAUCACGAGUAACAGCGAAAAUCGAGCCUGGAUCACUGUCACACAUCGCUGAGCUCAGCCACCUGAAGCUUCAAGUUUGGCUGAAGUGGGGCUGUCGGAGUGACCCCAUGAUGCAUUAUCUCUAUCCUAUAGAGUUUAUCAGUUCCGAAAACUCAAACGAGCAAUUUAUUUUGCAUCUAUCGGCUCCAAGUGACGAAAAUCUUUCCGAGACAAAUCCGUUGCAAGUUUAUCAAGCUACCAAGCUUUUAGUUUUCAUCAAGGGAACAAUUUGUCCCCCAGAUCCAGAGAACGGAGACACCAACGAUGGCUGGUCUAAACGUGACAUGGCAGCUCGUACAGCCAUCGUGUUAUACAGCAAAAGCGUUGAGUGGCUAAUUGCAUUUGGCCGAGUUUAUCAGAAGAUACCGCAAUAUCCGCUGCCUCGACGUCGAGAUAACACUGGGAUAAAAUUCACCUUCCCAUCUACAGACAUUUUGAGAAUUCUUGAAGGUGUGACAAUCGAGGAAUUUGACUUGAUCGGACUGGACGUGGCUUUAUAUGCGAGUGAAAAAAACCUUGUUGGUGUUCGAGCCUUCCUUGACGACAAAAUCAGUUGUUCAGGCGCUUUACUGAAAAGCUCGCACGACGUAUUCGCCGACAAAAAUAAGGAACCCAGCAGCUCUGAAGUUCGUCGACUUUCGUUCAAUAUUGAAGAAUGGAUCUGGAUUGUGCACGAUGUGAAUGUGGAUGCUCGUGAUAUUCAAGUGCGCGUAUGUACGCCUGAGUCAGGAAGCAGAGGAGAGUCGCUCGUGUCUAUAAAAUACGUAUCAUUGAUCGUCGGAGGUGGCACAGAACGAAUGCCGACGUAUGACAAUGGUUUGAUGAAGCUACACAGUCCGCCGCCAAUGAAGCGUGUCACCAAUGCUCAACCUUUCAAUUUUUCUCAGAGUACCAGUGCGGUGGAGGUGAAGGAACGAUCAAAGCAAAGUAUUCUCGAAUAUUUCGACAUUCCGCACGAAAAUCCAUUCAGUUAUCGCGAAUCAGACAGCGACAAGGAAGAAGAAAUGGACAUUUCCGAAGCUGCAGAUGCUGAGAAUGAAGUCGAAGAAUGCCAAAGCCAAGUUUUGGAUGAGUUCAGACGUGCUGGUUUCUUGCUUGGUCUGUUAUCUAAGGAUGUUCGGGUGACGAUCACAAUGCUGGCUCUAGAGUCUCUAGUUGACAUCGCGGACACGUGGGUGCAAGUGAUUGUUACUAGCUUACCAGAACUCUUUGUUGAUGCAGCAGAGACCGCAGCUUUGCUUGAGAAAAAAGAGGAAGCGACGGAAGAGCCUGGUAUUGUCGUUGAGGAAACUGAUCAAAGCCCCAAAAAGUUCACGUCACUAGCACAAGACCCGAAGUUCAGUGGCAUUUGCCUCCAGGGUGGUGCCGAUGCCCCCGUAAGUCCACACACUCACCGGUUCGAGCCAACACCGUACUCCAAUGCAGAUUCUGUACGACCCGUUAAAAGAAAAUCUAACUUGGUCGUCAGUCAGUUAGAGCGGAUUCGAAGCAAAGAGGAGGUGUCGCCACCUCGGCCAACAGACUCGAAGUUGGUUCAAGCGUUCAUCAUGGUUAAGUUCGAAGACUGCCAGAUCAGUAUCCAAGAUCAACUCCACAAAGGGUCUGUGCUACUCGCUCUAAAUUCUGGUACACUGCAACACGCUGUUUCAUCGGAUUCGAGUCAUGAACGCAUCGACUUAAACGUCGACGGCUUUCAAGUAUUCACAGCGCCGUUGGAUGUUGACGUGAAGUCUCAUGCGGUUUGGCUCAAAGCGCUUGCGGAUGGUUCGUAUUGCCCCAGCUCCUAUGGUCUACUAAAACAAGUGAUCGCGCCAAUCCCUGCGCAAGUUACUAUUUGGAUCGAUCAUGAAAAGAAUAUCAUCAAGAGCAGAGUGAAAUUGGACAUCCCAGCCAUCGAGGUGCAGGUCAAUCUGGCAUCCAAGAGUAUCCUGGAAAAGCUUGUAGCAACUGCGACUGAACUGGUCAAUGCCAAAUUGGCUGAGAAGAAGAGUCAAGAUCGAUCUCAUCUUCUCCAUAGCUAUCUGAGAGAAGCUCCGCGUCGUGAGCGUUCUCUGCAUCAACUUGUUGCGUUACAAAAGCAACUAAAGUGGAAAAUCGCUGCGCUGGAAUGGCGACAAAUGUGUGGUUGGGAUUACCGCAGGAGUGAACGAGCGAUGACUGCCACAGAGAGUACUCGAAAUCUACUAUUUGAGGUCGAAACACCGCCAAUGUCUCGAAGACGAAACAUGUCGUCGGCGUCGGUAUCUUCAGUAGCAACAAACAUUGGUAUGGUUGGCUCUACGACCACAACUCGCUACGAGGACGAACAGGUUACGGAUGAGCUGCAGCAGAUGACUCAACAGUACGAGGUGCUUUCCGAAUUGACUCGUUUAAUGGCUAGCGAGGUCCAGAAACAACUAAAACCAAGCCCGUUGCCCAAUUUGGAUUUGGAAUUUACGCUCGAUCGCGCUUCAUUGACGCUCAGCGGUGAGAAUGUUGAUAUUAUCCGGGCACAAGUAGGUUCCUUGAGCUUCAAGAUGCAGUUGUUUGAGGAUCACUCGGGUAAAUUCGCGCUCACAUUGCAAGAUUUAUCCGUCAACAACCUCAGCCCGGUAACCCCUUAUCCAGAUUUACUACUGCCAGUGUACUCUCGAUCGUGGGAAGGAGACGAUAUGUUCUUUCGUAUUGAUGCUGAGAUCGCAAAGCCUGUGAGAGGGACCACCGUUGUCCAGCAUUUCGAGAUCAACGUGCAUCCGAUUCAGGUGUGCAUCACACAGGAGGUGAUCAUGCAAUUGGUAGCGUUCUUCUCACCCCCUGACACCUCCAGUAGCACCAAAGAUGUCCAACGAGAAGAAGUACGAUCUCAAUUCUUGCAGGUUCGAACGAGUAGUUCUAGCGAUGGACGAGUUGGUUCGGCUAUCAUUAAGGCUGUCAAGGUCGCUGGUAAAGCUGCUGCACACCCUCUGAGUCUUGGACGUACUCACCGUGACGAAGAUCUGCUGCCUUCUGGCCGUAAAACCAAAGGAUCAACGCUCCACAACAUACCAGAGGACCCAUCGCAAUGGAUCGCGAAGCUUGCAAACUUGUCCGAGUCGAACGAGUUGCCAUUAUUCAACUCGUCCGAUGAAGCUGAGCAGCAUACUGACUCUGCAGAGCGAGAUAUCAACGAUACGAAAGAUCGAGCCAAGAACAGUAUUCUGUUCAAGCGUAUCCGACUGGGAGCAGUCGAGGUGGUGCUGACCUUCAAGAACAAGAAGAGCAACUUGGGCAAUAGCAGCACACCCCACCUUCAUCUAGCCCAUGCGUCGCAGCCUCAAGCUUUGGAAGACAUGCGAGGCUUUGAAGUCAAAACUCGAGCUCUUGUGUACUGUGACAAGACAUGCUCCCCCAUGGAUCUCUUACUGCGGAUUCGACGCGACAUCGUGCUGGACGUACUCUCUCAGGUUGGGCGUAAUUUUACCAACAUCGGCAAUUUCUUACGAGACCAGUUCGAUCCGUCUCGAUGGGCGGCGUUCGAUGCUCUGGCGCCUCUCAAGUCGCUAUCCACGACGGUAUCGUCGUUGACUGCCAUCGGGCCAUCACACACUGGCGCAGUCGUGCCUCUAGCAAUCCAGACAGAAGCCUCUCCUGACGUCAAAGCUAAGGACUCGGAGGAGACUCCCAGAACGUCCUCCUUCCGACCGACGGAACUUCUGUACGCUCGACGCGGCUCCGUGUCCAGUGACCACUACGACGCCGAUUCCUCGGCUCCAUCUACUCCAACAUCAGCGGAUACUCAUCCUAAGCAGGUGAAGGCCAAACGUUCGUUGGCCAAGCUCUUCUCCAGGAAAAAGUCGUCUUCUAGUCCUCUGCCUUCUCCACUACCAGAUCAAUAACCUAACAGACACUACACCAAUUAAUUUCUUUCUUUACCGUCU